GCGGGAAGGGCCUCGGAGGCGGCGGCCGAAGGGCCUCCUCCAGCGGGGCGGCGGUUGCAACGGUGCCUCUUGACUCCCGCAGGACUGAAGGACAUGAGGAGGAGCCUGCGAGCCGUGGACUGCCUGCUGGAAGUGCACGAUGCCCGUAUUCCACUUUCCGGCCGGAAUCCUAUGUUGCACGAAGUCCUGGGCAUCCGUCCACAUUUGUUAGUGUUGAAUAAAAUGGAUCUGGCAGAUCUCACCCACAAGUCAAGAAUUCUGAAACUCUUGGAACAGCAAGGUUUGCAACACGUUCUCUUCACAGAAUGCCUAAAAGAUGAAAAUAUCAAGAAGCUUGUUCCCAUUCUCACAGCACUGAUCAAAAACAGUCAGCGUUACCAGAGGGCAGAGAAUGUGGAAAAUAGCAUCAUGGUAAUUGGUGUGCCAAAUGUGGGGAAAUCAUCAAUCAUCAAUUCAGUGAGAAAGCUACACCUCAAAAAAGGAAAAGCCUCCCCAGUUGGUGCGGCACCAGGUAUAACCAGAGCCGUUCUCACCAGGAUCCAGGUGUCUGAAAAACCCCUCAUGUACUUACUGGAUACUCCUGGGGUGCUGUCUCCCCAAAUUAAGUCUGUCGAGACGGGGCUGAAGCUAGCAUUAUGUGGAGCAAUUCACGAUCACCUAGUCGGAGUGGAUGUCAUUGCUGAUUAUCUUCUCUAUGUACUGAACCAGCAGCAACAAUUCAGUUAUGUGGAGCGCUACGGGCUGAGUGGCCCCUGUGAUGAUGUGGAGAGCGUACUCAAAAGCAUAGCACUGCAUUUGGGCAAGGUUCAAAAAAUCCAGGUUCUGACGGGCACAGGAAAUGUGACAGUGUCAGCACCUAAUUACAAUGCAGCCGCCUGUGAAUUUAUCCACACAUUCCGCAAAGGGCUUCUAGGGAAGGUAAUGCUCGAUCAAGUUAAUUAGAUCUUUGUGUGGCAUCACUCUGAAGUUUUCUUUUGAAACGUUCUCGGGAUGUAUCUGGAGCAGGAGGACCAACACUGUGUGCUUAAGAAAGAUACCAGCGUGACCUUAUCAAUAACUCUGGGCUAUAUGUAGUCACUGUCAACUUCCUGUGCUCCUUUGUGAAGUAGUUUGGUUUCUUCAGAAGCUCAGAUAGGUUGGGCCUAGCAAUAUAAAAGUGGAUAUUACAGAUUGUCCUUUUUGGGACAUGGAUUUAUGCAAACUCCCUUGAAAUAGUUUGCCCUGGGGCUUUUUUUGUGGCUAUUCCUGGAACAUUUCACAUCUUCUUUCCAAUCCUCAGUGCUGUAUGAUUAGGUGAUUGGUACCAGCUUUUCUUUGAUGACAGUAAUAGCUAGAGACAUCUAUUGUUUACCUCCUAUUUAAAAAAAAACGUGGAGGAAGAUUGUACUGCUUUGUAAUUUGUUCAUACAACGUAAGAUGUGGUUAACAAAUGCUGCUGUUUUAAAAUAAAAUUAAUACAUUGUCCCAAGUUAAAUGAUUGCCAUCCCAUGUGUCCCAUAUUUUUGGCUUCCCUUGUGGUAUUAUG